GUCCCGCCGCCCCGAGGAAAGAGCCGAGACCUCCAGGACAGUGACGCCUGCACAGCUCUGGUGAGAUGGCAGCAGGAUCCAUUACGCUGCACGCAGUGGAGAAGCUGCAGGUGUAUCUGACCACUAAGACGGACCCCAAAAAGCUAGAGAAAUAUUUGCAGAAACUCUCCGCCUUGCCCAUGACGGCAGACAUCCUGGCGGAGACUGGAAUCAGAAAGACGGUGAAGCGCCUGCGGAAGCACCAGCACGUGGGUGACUUUGCCAGAGACUUAGCCGCCCGGUGGAAGAAGCUGGUGCUUGUGGACCCAAACACCGGGCCUGAUGCACAGGACCCCGAGGAGAGCGCUUCCCGAAAGCGCUAUGGGGAGGCUCUUCAGGACCAGGAAAAGGCCUGGGGCUUCCCAGAGAACCGGAAGGUCCCCAGGAGCCCACCUGACAGUCCUGAGCACAGACAGACAGCACACAGAACACCUCCGGGACUCCAGAGACCUCACCGAAGGUCUCCCAGUCGCGAGCACAGAGCCCAGAGAAAGCUUCCCAGAAGGGCCCCAGCUGAUUCAGGCCCCCAUCGGGCCCCUCCAUUGCACACCGCUCCCCUCCCGACGUCCGAGGGCCCUGAGCCCGCUGUGCCUGGGAAGCAACCCGGAAGAGGCCGCGCUCACGCCGCUCAGGGCGGGCCUCCGCUGGGUCAGGGCUGCCAGGGCCAACCCCAGGGGGAAGCGCUUGUAAGCCACAGCAAGGGACACAAAUCGUCCCACCAGGAAAAAUGCCCCUUGUGUGCCCAGGGCGAUUGGCACUCCCCUACUUUGAUCAGGGAGAAAUCAUCCUGGGCCCGCUUAAGAGAGGAAACCCCAAGGAUGCCCUCCCGGGAAAGUGCCAGAGACAGGCCGUCCUCGGGUGACGCCAAGAAUGACAAGGAAGGGGGACGAGCUGGCAGCAGCCAGCAUGUCCCCGCCUUGGUGGUGGCUCCAGACGGUCACCCAAAUAGGCCUCAUCACAGACACUUGAACAAGAAGAUGCCCAGUCUAGAUGGCCCGUACCCAGGAAAUGGGACACACCGCCUGUCCUCUGAGGAGAAAGAGCAGCUUUCCAACGACCAAAAGACUCAAGAGGGGAAGCCACCAACGGCUCAUGUGGGCAGAAUGUCCAUGAGCUCCCUCUCUGAGGUGGAGGAGGUAGAUAUGGCUGAGGAAUUCAAGCAGCCCACUCUGUCAUUUGAAAAAUACCACACUUACGACCAGUUGCAGAAGCAAAGGAAAAAGACUGGGAAAUCUUCCACCACUGCACUUGGAGAUAAACAAAGGAAAGUAAACGAUUCCAAGGGCACUCGUGUGUCCUGGGAUUCAGCUAAGAAAUUGCCUCCUUUCGAGGAAAGACAGUCAGAGAGGCUGCAGGCAGCCGGUGCUGAUUCUGCAGGGCUGAAAACGGUGCCCAGCCAUGCCUUCUCAGAGCUCUGGGACCCCUCAGAGGCCUGGAUGCAGGCCAACUACCAUUCGCUAUUGGAUUCUGACUCCAUGACCUCCCAGGCAAAGCCAGAAGCACUCACUGCACCAACCUUCCAGGAGGAAACUGCUUUCACUGGAGGCAGAGUGAAUGCUAAGAUGCAGGUGUACUCGGGCUCCAGGCCUGCCUGUCAACCCCAGGUGCUGACACUGCGCCAGCAGUGCAUCCGGGUCCUUAGAAACAAUCCCGACACCCUCAGCGAUGUGGAAGGGAUCCCCUACUCGUAUCUUGAACCCGUUCUGGAAGGGUGGACACCUGAUCAGCUGUAUCGCAGAGAGAAAUACAAUCACGCACUCGCUGGGGACACAGAUGAAUUAUGGAGGAUUCAUUGUCUCCAGGACUUCAAGGAAGGAAAGUCACAGGAGCAAGAGUCUUGGCGGGAGCUGUGCCUGCGGCUUCAGGACACCCGAGAGCAGCUACUAAGAGUACUGACAGCAAAUAUCCGAUCUGCACGUGAAAACAACCCCAACAGCGGAGAGGCAAAGAUGACCUAUUUCAACUCUGUGGCCAAGACGCCUUAUGAUGCUUCAAGGAGGCAAGAUAAGUCUGCAGGAGCUGCUGAACCUGAAAAUGGAGAGCUCAAGCUAGCCCCAAAGCCUGCGGUAAGCAGCCACGUUCCCUCCAGCAGGGGCAGUGACAGUGGUGGCAGAGACAGCAGCAGCAGCAAUGUCCUUCACCAGCUCCCUGAGAAGAGGGCCAACCCCUGCCUAAGCAGCAGCAAUGAGCGCGCGACGCCCGCGGCCAAAACCCAGAAACAGGCUGCCAAGAAAGUGGCCCCGCUGAUGGCCAAGGCAAUUCGAGACUACAAGAAAAGAUUCUCCCGACGAUGAACUCAGGACUUGCCUUGCAGGUAAAAUCUGGAGGGAGGAGGACCAAUGCAAAGUCAAUGCGGGUUGGGGAAAGAAACUUCCAGUGGACACCAGAACCUUUGGCUUGGUGCAAAGUUGAGCCUUUGAAUUCUGUAGGUGUCACGUGCUGGCCCUGUGAUUUUACCUCCCACACCCAACCACUACCUCCCAGCCUGGAGGACACCUCAGAAUUCAGAAGAUAUGAACACAUUCGGAACAAUUAUCUUUUGGUUGUUCACUGAUCGUUUUUUAAAUAACACCCUAGUUGUAAUCAUAAAUAAGGAA